AAGGUUAUGUCCACCCCGCGGAGCCGCCGCUCGACGUGGAUCGGUUGCGAGAUGUUGCGCGAUCGUCGGGGGGGCCUGCGGUGGCCCGCGCGUUUCCCCUUCGUUCGCGAGCGCUCGACGAAUCGGCUCGUAUUGACGACGGGGCGUCACGCGACGCACGUUUCUCCCCGACAUUUCGGCGCGAUUGUCAGUUGCAGAACGUUGCGUCAUGCAGGGCGAGCCUGAAGGGGGCCGCGAGGCUGGUGCGACCCGCGAGAAGCCUGAGAGAUGGCUCGAGGGAGCGCAUGCUGUCACCCGCUCUACCGUCGACGUCGUCGGUGGAGCUGCUCGACGCGCGUGUGCAGUCGUUUCGACCGUACUCGAACCCGGCGCGCCGGCCGAGCUUCCUCUCGCAGUUCGUCGAGAACAUCAAGCAGGAGAUGCAGAAGAACAAGGAGAUGAAGGAGUCGUUGAAGAAGUUCAGGGAGGAGGCGGAGAAGCUGGAGCAGUCGGAGGCGCUGCGAACGGCGCGGCAGAAGUUCCAGGCCGUCGAGUCCGAGGCUAAUAAAAGUUCGGAAGUGAUCAAAGAGAAAUUAGACACAAUUAAGGAAAAGGUGCAAGAAGUUAUCGAGGAGGCGAGCAAGACUGAAUUGGGGAAACGUGCCGGGCAGUUGGGCGGGGAGAUCAGCAGGUCGGCCAAAGGCGCGGCAGAGACCAUCUCGGAAAAGAGCCAGGCACUUGGUAAGACCGGCGCAUUUCAAACGAUAUCGCACACCGCCGAGGCCGUACGGAAUGAACUUGACCAACAUGGAAUUCUAGGCAAUGUUUACGUUCCGCCUAAAAAGCUAAGAAAGAGGAACGAAGUGGCGAUAGAGCCUAGAGAAAUUACGCCCGAUCAAAAGACGACGGGCGUGGAAGUGCACAGGGACUACAUGUUUUCGAAUGCCUGGCAGAAAUUCAAGGAUAAUAAUCCAUACGUGAAUAAAGUAAUGGACUGGAAGAUGAAAUACGACGAGUCAGAUAAUGCCAUGCUACGCGCUUCCAGAUUGCUUACGGAUAAGGUUUCGGACAUUAUAGGCGGGCUGUUUCAAAAGACCGAGCUGUCGGAGACCCUUACAGAGAUCUGUAACCUGGAUCCGACUUUUAGCAAAAUACAAUUCCUGAAGGACUGCGAGACCGACUUCAUCCCGAAUAUCCUCGAGGCGAUGGUCAAGGGUGACCUCGAGAUUCUCAAGGACUGGUGCCACGAAGGACCCUACAAUAUAAUCGCGCAUCCGCACAAGGAAGUGAAGAAGUUGGGCCAUUACUCGGAUAGUAAGAUUCUAGAUAUCGACAACGUGGACCUGGUGAUGGGCAAGAUGAUGGAACAGGGCCCGGUUCUGAUAAUUAGCUUUCAAUCUCAGCAAAUCAUGUGCGUGAGAAACUCGAAGCACGAGGUGAUCGAGGGAGAUCCCCAGAAAGUGAUGCGCGUCAAUUACGUCUGGGUGAUGUGUCGCGACCGAACGGAACUCAAUCCCAAGGCCGCGUGGCGUUUGCUCGAUCUCAGUGCCACCAGUUCGGAGCAGUUGGUAUAGUGCGCGGAACGAAACCCAGCGCAAACUCACCUACUCGAACGUUCGCGCCACCAAGUGGAGGGCGUCGUGUAGUGGUGUCAUCCAUGUACAUUGCCGUUGUCAUUCGCGUUAAAAAUUCCUUCGACCUUCGUGUUGAACGAUCACCGAUCUAGCGUACAUAGUGUACAGCGUGUUUCCUGUAAAUCGGAAUGUUUAUGUAUGUAUACAAGAUUUUAGCAACGCAUUAUCUGUAAAUUUUAAUUACAUGUCAUGUAAGUACAUAGACGUUGCCAGGUUAUUACUUGCAAAAUAAUAUAUUUGUAAAUACAUCGAGAUCACGUUGUCCGAUACGAUCUGUGAUUGCAUAUAGCUUGCUACUAUUUAAAAAGUAGGUCAUAAAUAUAAUAAUAUUCAUUUUUAUCGUGUACAUAACGCACGUUACGUCUUUACGUCGAGUAUUAAUUGUUUGAUCGGUUUUUCCAACCAGUGCUCUACACUUUCAGACUAACAAAAAUAGAACUUAAAAAAAAAGCAUAAAAAAUUGUAUCACGGAUUGGCAAAUAUUAAAAACUGCGUUUCAUCACAAUAUUCACGUUACGGUUACAUGACAAUUUUCCCAGUGGCAGUAAAGGGAAGGAGGAUGGUUGUAUUCUAUUUUCGAGACGAUGAGAAUCGUACUUUUCGAAUGCUCAAAUCAAUGAUGUAAAAAAUAAUUACAGAUAUUAAAGAUUUUAGAAGUGAAAAGUA